GCCCUCACAAAACAAGCAAAAGUGUCAAAAUAUAUAACCAAUGCGCGACAAUUCGACAACGCGACAUUUUGUCCAUUUGUUGCAUUGUGGCGCUUUGGUUAAUUUUGAUCUUUUGCUUGUUUUUGAGAGAGCGACAACGCGACAAAGUCCCUUCUACGAUUCCAUAGAAUGCUGCUUUAAACAACUAGCAAAGAUCCGAACACUUUUGUCAGAUAUACCAACAGCUGUGGUAAAUGCACGGCGAGCGACACGCGUUGAGGUAUCGAUUCAGUACCUUUCCGCCUCACUGCCUUCUCCUUAAGUCGACCAGCUGGGUCUGCAGUGCCUGCUUCCACUAGUUUAUUUCAAGGGAAGUUUACAGGACCCAAUGGAUGCCAGUACCAUAUUUCUAGCAGCUCUCAUUCUAAACGUUUAUUUAUCUAUGGGACAGUUUGAUGGAACACAGGAUCUGGUUUUGCCGGGAUCUGUGUUCCAGAUAUUUCGUAGAACUACGUUACAGCAGUGUCGCCGACUCUGUUUGUACUCGUCAAGAUGUCUCUCGGUCAACUGGUCAUCGUCCACCAGGGAGUGUCAGCUGAAUUCAAAGAAGGGGAAUAGUGAAACCUUGCAAGUUUCAAGAAGUAACAUUUAUCUACCUGCCGCACAGAUAGCAGGGAAGGGUCAUCCAUGUGCCAGUCAGCCAUGCAGUACCGAUCACAUGUGCAUCCCCGUCAACACAGCUAAAGACCAUGUAUGUGUACGUGUUGGUGCGUUCAUGCCCACUACUGAAGCAGGGAUGACAAAUUCUGCAACAACAACAGCGACUGUGGCAACAACAUCCCCUCAAGCAGCCUCUGCAACGACAUCUACCGCAUCCCCCACUACACUUGAAGAGACUACAACUACCACUACUACUACAGUUGUAACUACACCACUGCCAAAUACAAACGAGCCGGAACUGACAAGCCCUGUAACAACAACUCAUAUUUCAACUACAACAACUUCACUGGAGUCUGCAACAUCUCCUGAACCGACUACAUCAGCUUCUCCAGCACCAUCAACUACCACAACGGCGAGCACGACAUCCACGCCAUAUAACGGUACAUGUGUCACGGAUAUCGACUGUGCUGUUCCUCCUGGUAGGACUUGCUCUGGUGGUGUCUGUAUAUGUUCCAUCGGAUACGACAUGGAUGAGACCAGCGUUACUUGCAGAAAAUUGACAGAUUGCACAUCUGUUGGAUCUAAUUUCACCGUGUACACGGACAUGGCAAUCAAAGGAAAUAACGCCAGGGCCAUUUAUUCUAAGACUCCUGCAGAGUGCGCCCAGGUGUGUGUGGAUGCUAAAGACAUCGUCUGCAGAUCUUUUGAAACAUAUUUUAAUAACUGCUUCUUGCAGACACUCACGUGGUUUGAUGUCGGCGACUCUGAUCGUGGUCCUUUGAAGGGUGCUGAUCAUUACCAGCGUAGAUGUAACUGGUGAUACACAAACGCUUGAGUGUGUAGAUACAACUGGUGACACACAUAGGUCUUGUGUGUAGAUACAACUGGUGACACACAUGGGCUUGUGUGUGGAUGUAACUGUGACACACAUAGGAGUGUGUGUACAUGUAACUGUGACACACAUAGGUUUGUGUGUGUACAUGUAACUGUGACACACAUAGG